UCCUCUUUACUUCUGCCACUUCUGCUCGAACCAUUUCUAUGUCCCGCAGCAGUUUUAGUUUUUAGCUCCAUUCUCGCAGACAUGUCUCCACUAAAUUGGUUACAUGUCUGUCUUUUGUUCAGCGUGGCUGCGACCUUCGGCUCUGCUGACAAGCUGACAGCAGCCACUGUGUACUGGGACCCUGAUCACAAGCUUGUCAAGUUAAAGGAGGGGGUGAUGGAGGUCGAGGGGGAUGCUUACGGGUUCCUGAAUAACACCCUAUCCAGUACAGGCUGGAGCGUCCUGGAGAUCCGAGCAGGGUAUGGAAAAACUCCUGAAACGGAUGAGAUCACUUUCUUCCUGGCUGGCUACCUCGAAGGUUUCCUGACCGCCCAGCAGAUGAUGGACCACUACACCAACAUGUACCCGCAGCUGAUCACCGAACCAAAGAUGCUCGACCCAGUUCAGAAAUUUAUGGAGAAGCAGGACUCAUGGGUCAGACAGCAGGUGAAAGGGAACAAGAGCUCCGAUCCUCUGUGGAAACAUGCCGGCUUCAUCAUGGCUCAGCUGGACGGAUUGCAGGCAGGAGUGGCAGCGUGGGCCAAGAAGCAAGGGAAGAAGGUAGGAUAACCAUGUGACCAAAAACAAGAA